UCCAACUUCCGCCUACGACACCGGAGGAGGCGGGGCUUCUUUCCAAACGGCAUCCCACCGUUGUUCAUUCAACAUGGCAGCGGGACCGAUUUCCGAAAGAAACCAAGAUGCCACGGUGUAUGUGGGUGGCCUGGAUGAGAAGGUGUCAGAGCCGUUAUUAUGGGAGCUUUUUUUGCAGGCUGGUCCUGUUGUCAACACACACAUGCCUAAAGACAGGGUGACAGGACAACAUCAAGGGUAUGGCUUUGUGGAGUUCCUUAGUGAAGAAGAUGCCGACUACGCCAUCAAAAUCAUGAACAUGAUCAAACUCUAUGGCAAACCCAUCCGAGUCAAUAAGGCGUCGGCGCACAAUAAAAACCUGGAUGUGGGCGCCAACAUCUUCAUCGGCAACCUGGACCCGGAGAUCGAUGAGAAGCUCCUCUACGACACGUUCAGUGCGUUCGGUGUCAUCCUCCAGACACCCAAGAUCAUGCGUGACCCUGACACGGGCAACUCCAAGGGCUACGCCUUCAUCAAUUUUGCCAGCUUCGACGCGUCGGACGCCUCCAUCGAGGCCAUGAAUGGCCAGUACCUGUGCAACAGGCCCAUCACCGUGUCCUACGCCUUCAAAAAGGACUCAAAAGGAGAGCGCCACGGCUCUGCCGCCGAGCGACUCCUCGCCGCCCAGAACCCGCUCUCGCAGGCGGACAGGCCUCAUCAGCUGUUCGCCGAUGCCCCUCCGCCACAGGCUGUCCCGCCGCCGGUCCUGACCUCAAUGGGGCCCGGGAUGAUUGCAGCCUCUUUCCGUGCAGGGAUGCCCCCCCCUGGAGCAUUCCCUCCCAUGCCACCUCCUGGGUCCAUGCCUUCCAUGCCGCCCAACAUGGGGAUGCACCAUGGAGGCCCACAAGGCGUGCAUCCACCCGGACCGCCGCCCUUCCCCGGCGCCAUGCAUGCAGGUCUGCAGAUGCCAAUGCCCCCUCCAGCGCCUCCUGGCAUGGGGCCACCACCUCCAGCACCUCCAGGCUCAAAUCAAGGCCGUGCACCGCCACCUCCCGGCAUGCCUCCACCGCCCAUGGGCAUGCCACACCGGGCCCCCUACGGACCACCCAUGGGUCACCCCGUGCCCCCCGGUAUGAGAGGACCCCCUCCUCCCAUGCCUCCGCCGGGCUACGGCGCCGCUCCCCCUCGCCCUCCUCCCUUUGGCUUCCAGAGAGCUCCCCCCAUGCCACCAAGGCCGCCCGUUGCCCCGCCCCGGGUUCCUUUAGGAGCACCCAUGCCACCCUAAUUCCUAACAUAUUACAAAAAAAAUCCCUUCUUUUUUUUAUUAAGAAAACAUCAAACCAAGUUUGUAAGGUUGCUUAUUUUAAUGAUGCCUUUGUAUUAUGGGGUCACUGUACAGAUGAAAGACCGCUGAUGAAUAAAAUCUUUAGUACA